AGCUGGGUGUGGGUGCCCGCAGCCCGGGGGGGUCCGGGCGGCCCCUGCCCUCGCUGCCCCGCACGCUCGGGGAUUGCUGGGCGUUUCGAGUCAACAGCAAAACUAGCAAGAUUGCAAAGUGAAAUUCCGGAGGAAAUUUAAAGAGCAUCCGGAUCCGGAGAAAGACAGAAAGAAAGAGGAAGGGAGAAAUAAAUCAAAACGUGGAGAGAAUCUCAGGCAGCUGAAGAAAGGACGGGAGAGAAACCAGCUGACACCCGGGCAGAGAUGGGGGAGCAGCCAAUCUUCAGCACCAGGGCCCAUGUUUUCCAGAUCGACCCUGCCACCAAACGGAACUGGAUCCCUGCCAGCAAGCACGCUUUGACUGUCUCCUAUUUCUACGAUGCCACACGCAAUGUGUACCGGAUCAUCAGCGUGGGGGGCACCAAGGCAAUCAUCAACAGCACUAUUACCCCCAACAUGACCUUCACAAAGACGUCCCAGAAAUUUGGACAAUGGGCAGACAGCCGAGCCAACACAGUGUAUGGGUUGGGCUUUGCUUCGGAGCAACAUCUCUCCCAGUUUGCAGAGAAGUUCCAGGAAGUGAAAGAAGCAGCCCGUUUGGCGAGGGAGAAGUCCCAGGAUAAAACAGAGCUGACCAAUCCUGCCCUGAAUAUCACAUCUCACCAGGUGCUUCCCAGCCCCAUCAUCAGCUCCAAUGGGCCAGGAGAAGAUAAACUAUUCCGGAGCCAAAGUGCCGAUGUUGAGAUAACAACAGAGAAGGAGCGGCUGAAGAAGAUGCUUUCAGAAGGUUCGGUGAGUGAGGUCCAGUGGGAGGCUGAAUUCUUCAGCCUCCAGGACAACAACAACAAGCUUGUGGCUGCCCUCCAUGAAGCCAACGCCAACGUGGACCAGUGGAAGAAGCAGCUGGCUGCUUAUCAGGAGGAGACGGAAACACUGCGGCAGCGGGUAGCAGAACUGGAGUCACAGGGUGCUCACGAUUCCUCCAGUGAGAACAACAAGGAAGACCUGAGCCAAACCCUGGAGGAGCUGGAAAUACUGAUCAAGGCUAAAGACGAGGAGAUUCAGAUGCUAAAGAGCCAGAAGUGUGGCCGAUGGGAAGCAGAGGGCGAGCGUGAGGAGACACUGCAGAAGCUGCAGGAGCUGGAGGCAUGCAACGCAGAACUGGAGCGACGCCUUCACCUUGCCGAGCAGACGCUGGCAGAGACCCUGGCUGAGAGGGAGAAGAUCCAGAACGAGGUCACCAAGGUGGCAGAGAUAAUGGAUGUGAAGAUAUUUGAGCUCAGUGAGAUCCGUCAGGGACUAGCCAAGCUGGUAGAAAGCAACUGAGCGGCAGCACACUCAAAGGAGACACCUCCGGAGGAGGGGAGCCCGAGCCGGGACUGGUCGCUGACAGCAAUUACGGUCACAGAACAGCCUCGAGGUCUGUUCGGGCAGGAUACGCCAACAUACCAGCAGCUGCCUGGACAGUGUGGAGACCAGCCACAGCCACUUACUGCCCACUGAACACCCAGAGGGCAGAGAGGACCUGAGCUCCUGAAUCCUCUAUGGGGAGCAUGUACAAGUCACAGCCAGACCUCUCUGGACCCUGCCGUGGCUGUGGCAUGGUCCAGAGACAGCAGCUGUCCCCGUGCUGCCUUCCCAGCCUCCCUGCUGCCACACUGUGUCUCCAACGUUUUUACAGUUUUCUAGGGGAAGGGGCUGAGCAGCCUUCGCGUUUUUUCAGUAGUUUUUUAGGAAACCACUUGCCUUUUGCAAAUAAGCUGCCUGUUUCCCCACCUAGGGAGGGAGGAGAAGUUCUAGCAUACCAAGGACAACAGUUGCUCCUUUUCCUCUUCCCCAGCCCUAACUGCAUCAUGUCUUUCUAACAGGAUCCAGUAACACUGGUCACUGUCAGGAGCUUCCAGAGGUAGCAGAGUCCCCACUGCAGAGGAGGGUGCUUGCCUGACCAUGUCCUUUCCACCGUUCAGUCACAUCCUCCAGAGGAAAAGGAACUGCAGGUUUUAAAGCUCUUAUUAGUUUAACACAGUGGGAUUUAACGACUUGUUAAAACUCCUUUAAGCAGAAAAGACUAGAGGCUUGGUUGGGAAAGGGGCAUUUGAGAAAUGGGACAUCCCCGAGGGGAUGGCCAACAAACUGCUAGAUUGGCAUCUCUCCUGGCCUCUAAGGGCUGCAGUUAAUUGAAAUUAAAUGGAGCAAAUCACAGUUGCUCUUCGUUUCUUUUUUUCUUUUUUUUAUUAGGAAACAGUCCACAGAGAUGUCCUGCUCCAUGUCAGCCGAGCAGUAUUCCUUGUGAAGGGUACUGGUCCCAGCUUGCCACGCUUGGCCAGAUUAAACGAGAACAGGAGGCAUUUGGAGCAUGCUGGGACCGGUGCCCUGCAGGGCCUGUGGGAAGUUUGUGAGUUAUUGUAGAUGUUGUCUAGUAAUAGGAAUUGAGCAAGGCCUGAGGGAGGCACCACAGAAACCUGGAAAGUUCUGCCCCCCCACGGUGCCCGCUGUGCCCCCGUAGUUACCUAGGAGCAUGCUUAGCCCUGUGCUGAAUGACGAAGCAGUGUCUGUGUAGAAGUAGUUUGUAACCUUACAGGUGUGUUGAUGGAUUUGGAUUUUGUUAUUGUUUUUUUUGCCCUCUUUGCCUUUAUAAGUUAGGCAAAGACAGCAGUAAUCCUGGGAAUGUUUCACAGGUCUGCAGAAACUCCGGUACUUAGCAAGUGCUGGCUGGUACUGCCCUCUCCGCACCCAGCUGAACCUCGGCAGACAUGUGUAAAGGCAGUGUGGCUCCUCAGGGCCUGCCUCUCCUUUCACUCACCUGGUGACCACGAGAGGAACCCACAGUUCCACGUACUGCCUGCAAGUCAGGGCAGGAUUAGGUCUUGCACCUUGGGAAUCUGCUGGAGUGGAGAACUGCUGGUGACUCUGUGCUGGAUUGUGUCUAGGCAAAGCCCUUCCCUCUCCCAGGGGUGAUGAGGAAACAUUGAGAUUUCCAGACCUGCAUAGCCAGGGAAGGGCUUUUCUGUUUUGGGGUUGGGGUCUUUUUUGUUGUUUUUCACUUUUUUUUUUUUUUUUUGCAUGAAGUGUUCUCACAACUGUAUGGGGCUGGAGCUACUGUAGUAAUAUUUGUUUCAGGGUAUUUAAGAAGGGAAGGAAGUAACUGGGUGGCAAAAAUUUGUAGGGACUUGUUUAUCACCCCAUGCCAGUGUUCAUAUUUUAUUCCUACAGGAGCAGCCUUCUUUUGAAAUAGAGAUCAGCUCCUAGAAAG